UUCAGGUGGGAGGAAGGGGGGAAGUGCACUAUAGGUGGGAGGAAGGGGGGAAGGGUAAAAACUAGGAUCAUUCUGCCUGGGAUCGUCACCAAGGUCCCGAUAUAAGACACUCUUGAAGUGUAGUACUGUAAACGGAUUUCAGCACCCUUCAUUGGCUCAUAUUAUAAUCAGAGUGUAAGACGAGAUCUGGGUCAGCUUCUGAGGCCGUGACGUCCCCCUUGAGCUCACUGAAUAAAAAGCGCAAGUGUAUCUAACACCCACGGAGAGGGAUCUCGUGUCAAACCAGAUGGCAAUUGUUGCAACGACCCAGCAGUCCAGGUUCCACAAGGAGACUUUGAAGACUGUUGCGGAGGAUGUUGACUUGAAGACCCUGAGUCUCACGGUCGGCGACGAGGAGCUGCUCACAGACGCCAACCUGCGCCUGUUCUCAGGGGUGCACUAUGGCCUUGUUGGGGCGAAUGGCGUGGGCAAGUGCGAGCCUCUCCGCCCAAGAACGCAGCGCUCACACCUUGUGCAGCAUCCAUGAGCUCAAUAACACUCCAGGUCCACCCUGCUGAAGGCGAUCGGGAGGGGGCUGGUGGUGGGCUUCCCCAGGACCAUAAGGGCGCUUUACGUGGACCAACUGGAGGUUUCCGAGGAGUGUUCCAGUGUGCUGGAAGUGGUAAUGAGCGCUGACAAGGAAGUUGUGCUCUGGCGCAGACAGGCGCAGCAGCUGCAGGAGGCGCUGCAAGCGGAGGACCCGGGGCAGGCGGUGGCGGUGGU